GACUCCUCCGGGCUGACGUUCAAUCCACAUGAGGUCUUACCGGUCUCAAUGGUUCAAAACGAAAAUGAAAACAAGCAAGUUUCUGGGAACUUCGGUAAUCCUCUGAACAAUGUUGAGCCUCCCGAGAUUGUUCAAGAUUUAAAUAUUGCACUCGCAGUGGCUGGUGGCGGCUUGAAUGGAUUGCCUGAGGAUGGAUGUGAGGUCAACGACGGGCUUGAACUGACCGAUGCGAUCGAGGUGGGCCAGCUCUACGAGUUGGAGCGUGAGAUUCUCGUGCGACGAGAGGUCAUCGUUAUGGGGAAUCCUAGUGUGCUGCCAAUGAUUGAUGGCGAGGAUGCCAUUCGCUCCUUCCACGUGCUGGAAGGAGGAUUUCUCGAUCUUCGCUUUGUGCAGCAAUUUGCAAGCGAUGGAAUAGUUCGAGAGCCUAAGCCCUAUGAGAUCUUUGCCACUACUUCUCCAAGGAAUCGCGUCUGGGAGAUCCGAGGAGGCAGCGUGUUUAUCGACGAAGGAGCUUUAGGGGGAAAGUUCACAGGUGUCAUAUUCAUUGACGAUCCCGACGUAGAGGACGCUGCCAGACGGAGUAUCCGAAGAUCGAUAGAUGGCGAUGUCUAUCGCAUUUAUGGCGGACAUGUCUUUAUUGUCGGUGGCCGUGUUGAUUUCGUGGGCUGCUUAUUUUGGGAUUUGACUUUGAUCUAUACGUUUGGGAAUGUCUUGUAUAUUGGUCAAGACGUUCUUCAACUUGGCGGAGUGUUGACCUUUACAGGCUGCACUUUCUUUGAAAAUACCGUAUUUGGCAUCGAGAACGGCGUGGGCCUGUUUGUUGCUCAGUUCGCGGGAUUGAGCACCUACACCUUCAACACAUUCAUAGAGAACAAUUUUGCGAUUAGUGAAAACUGUCUUGGGCAGGCAUUUUUAGUCGGAGGCGGCGUUAUGAUCAUGACACACUCUGUUAUCAACGAAUAUUCUGCCGGUUUGUCAUACAGUGGCUCGGGCGAGCUUAACGUUCUUGGCGGAGUUCUCGUUGUGACGGGCAUGAAUAAUGUUGAAGCUUUCGCGCUUGGUGCUGUUUACGGUGUUGGAUUUGAGUACACAGUCGGAAGCGGUGUUGCGAUCUUUACAGGAACUGUCUUCGACGAGUAUAACGGCCUGCUUUUCUUCUCGGCUUUGGGAGAGGUCAAUUUUAUAGGGUCCGGCGUCAUGAUCGCGACAGGUAGCCCAGCGAUGGAGUAUAUAGCGCAGGCGAGCGAAAAUGGACAGGGUGGAAAUACCUUCAUUGGUGCAGGGUAUGCAUCGUUUACGGGAUGUGUGGUCCUCGAGUUUAUCUCGAUCGCUAAUAUUUUUAUGCUUGGGGAAUAUAUUGCUGUUGAUGCUGGCUUCCUUACCUGGAUUGCCUCGCCUUUCAUCGAAGCCGCUGCGAUUGAGUAUGCAUUUCAACUCGGUUCAAUAGUUUAUAUCGGUGCCGGGGCUAUGGUUCUUUGGGCCACACCUGUCGUAGAGGUCUAUGGCCCCCGCGUUUCGCGGUCAGUCGAAUUUUGGAUCAUGCGGACUUGUUCCUCGGAUACGAGAAAGGAAACGAAGGCCCAGGGGCUGCUGAAGAAGGAGGCAGACGUGCUCGAGCGCUAUCUCAGAAAAGGCGAGGAGCCGCUGCCAGUACUGCUCCAAAAGGACGACGUCGUCCAGCUUCUGGUAUCAAGGCCCCAAAGACACACGUUGAUCAACCCCUCAGAUCUCGAACAGGCAGGACAAGCACACGCAAGCUAUCUGCGGAGCAGCGUGCACUCCGUGCUUUUUUCCAAGAGGGCGGGCACACCCAUGCCUUACCGCGUCAGGAUGCUAUCUACUUCACCUAUGCAGCCUGUGUUGGAAACAUCUCUCUUGGCUAUGAACGUCACUCGGGUAAAUGACCUAGACGGCUCCAAAUUCAAGCACCUUGUCCCGCCAAAAUUUUUAGAUACAUUUAAGGACAUCAAGACUCAGAUCGCCUCCAUGUUUCCUAAUGGAGAAGCCCCCAAAGCUGAAGAGGAUGAUAAGCCUGCAUUUUAUAUUCACAACAAGCCUGAUGGCUUCUGCGGUUUGUGCAAUGUUCCAGGCGUCGAAGGGGAAGGAGUCGAUGGUUGUACUGUUGAGGACAAUUGCAACGACUUAGCAUUGCCAAGUGGUCAAAAAAUAAACCUAGAUGAAGAAACACUGGCUGAGGACGGCGAAGAAUUAGAUUACAAAGCGCACUACAUUUUGAUGGCAACUAUGUCGGCAACCACCGAGGAGAGUGUUGAGGCUCUAGAUUUGCCUGAGAUUCAAGAGGCCGUCGUCUCAGCCGUGGCAUUGUUGCAGGGACCUAGUAUGGACAAGGAUUCUGUACUUGUUAAUCUGUACACUGGGGAGCGUGAUUCCUUCUUCGGUGAUCACCAGGCUGGCCCUGCCCGAAGCCUUUACGAGGAUAGCGAGUUUUCGAAGACACACACCGUCAAGAUGGUCUUCGUAUCGUCCACGGAGAAGGCCAUGGAUGUUAUCAAGGCUGGUUUUUACGGCAGCCAGGAUGAAAGGAACGAAGGACCCUUGGCCGAGGCAAUUAAAGCGGCAUUAGCCACUGACUCGGGCAUUGAGCUCGGCCACGUCUCUCUCCGGUUUGACGAUGAAGUCUUUGUACCUGCAUACAAUUCUCCGCUUCAUUUGACUGCUCCCCACAGGUCUCUUGGCAAGCACUCAGCGGUGUUAGUCGACCCCCAUCAAACUGCCGUACCACUCACCGACGCUACAUAUGGAAAAACAUAUCAUCUUUACUUGCAAAACUUCCCUCCGGAGAACGCCCUCCAGCUUGAGCUCCAUCGGUUUAAGGAUCCUGCCAAUGCAGAGCAUAUCAUUCACAAGCUUCAAAGCGUAACAACGGAUGCAGAGGGUCACGCUCGUAUAGAUAUGGACUUUUUCGAUCAUAUCCUACCAGCAGACUAUUUUUUCAAGGUCACCACCGAUAAGGGCCAUGUCAGCUAUUCGCAGACGUACACGAUCUCUCAUGUUGGGCAGAAGCGUAAGCUUUAUGGCACCCAUCAAUAUGCCUGAUUAGACAAGGAAAUGUCGGUAUACUCGUCGUGAGAAGCGUUCCCACGCGCUGUUUUCGUAGAAAUCAAAACUUAAGAGAGAAUGAAACAAGCUACAGUAUGUUCUUUAUUCUCGUGCUAUUUUAAGGGCAGUUGCAGUGUUUCGUCGAGGUUGAUGUGAAGGUGUGUAGAAGAACUCCAGGAUAUCGAAACAGUUAAAGGUCUGUUAGGGUUACAGGAUAUCGAAACAGUUAAAUUCGCAUAAAGGGCAAAAAGGACAGUACAAGAAGAAUAAAAUCUAUAGUAAAGUUAUA